GACAGGGGCGGGGCCUCGGCCGUCAAACGCGGCCCAGUCACGUGGGUGCCCUUGCAGGGCACCGGGGCGCAGCAUGGCUGGGUACCUGCGCGGCGGCGGCCCCGGGGCCCUGGACCUGCUCCGGGCACUGCCCCGCGUCAGCCUCGCCAACCUAAAGCCGAACCCAGGCUCCCGGAAACCGGCCCGGCGCCCCCGUGGGCGGAGGAGAGGCCGCAAGUGUGGCCGCGGCCAUAAGGGGGAGCGGCAGAGGGGCACCCGGCCCCGGCUGGGCUUUGAGGGGGGACAGACGCCCUUCUACAUCCGGAUCCCCAAGUACGGCUUUAACGAAGGCCACAGCUUCCGCCGCCAGUACCAGCCCUUGAGCCUGGGCCGGCUGCAGUACCUCAUCGACCUGGGCCGCGUCGACCCCUCUCAGCCUAUCGACCUGACCCAGCUGGUGAACGGCAGAGGCGUCACCGUCCAGCCCUCCAAGCGGGACUACGGCGUCCAGCUGGUAGAGGAGGGCGCGGACACCUUCAAGGCCAAGGUCAACAUCGAGGUGCAGUUGGCUUCGGAGCUCGCCAUUGCCGCGGUGGAGAAGAACGGGGGCGUCAUCACCACGGCCUUCUACGACCCCCGGAGUCUGGAGAUCCUGUGCAAGCCCGUGCCCUUCUUCCUGCGCGGGCAGCCCAUCCCCAAGCGGAUGCUGCCCCCCGAGGCCCUGGUCCCCUACUACACCGACGCCAGGCACCGGGGCUACCUGGCCGACCCCGCGGGCUUCCCCGAGGCCCGGCUGGAGCUGGCGCGGAAGUACGGCUACGUGCUCCCAGACAUCACCAAGGACGAGCUCUUCCGGAUGCUGCGCACGCGCAAGGACCCCAGGCAGAUAUUCUUCGGCCUGGCCCCCGGCUGGGUGGUGAACUUGGCCGAGAGGAAGGUCCUCAAGCCCACGGACGAGGACCUCCUCAAGUACUACAGCUCGUGAGCGCCCUCGGGGGCCGCGGGGGGCCGGAGGGAGCGUCUCCCGAGGCGUCGCUCCUUGUCCUCCUCCCCGAGUGGUGAUGGCUGGGGUCUCCUCUCCUUUCUCUCUGGUUUCCGUGUUUCUAGAAUCGACAUUGCUCUACGGGAAGCAGCGGGGGGCUGCCCCCGGGGGGGGGGGAGGGGGGCUGAACCUGGGUGGGUUCUCAGCAGAGAUACAGACCUGGGCGCGACCCUGGGCACCCCCUGUGGUCCCCUGAGCCCCGCUGGGAGUGGCCCCCGGGUGCAGAGCUGGAGGAAACCCGGGGCAUCGCCAGGUGUGGCCCAGAAAGAAAACAGUCGGAGAGGCUCAUUUGCUGCCAAGGGAAGACGGUACAUUCCGGAAUGUUUCUAGGCAGUUUUUAGAAUCCAGGUCCCAGCACUGCUGCGAAUUAGAGGGAGGGGGAUUGAUGCCGAGGCCUGCCCCCGGGUUAGAGUGCCCAGGGGCGACCCCUCCCAGCCGGAGGUGGGAUGAAGGCGACGGGAGGAGACCCCAUGCUGCCAAGGCCGUCACUCUGGAAGCUUGCUUUCUUCCAGGAGAAAGCUUAACCAUUUUCUUAUUUUUCUGGAAGAAGGCAAACAUUCUAAAUCUAACUGGUGCAGGUUUACUUGUGUCACGGGUAAAUGAGGAAUUUUGUCUUUCAUCUUAAUUGACUUUGAAACAAUUGUGCAUUGCUAGCGUGCGCACACCUGACGACGUGUAUGCAGUGGAAUCGGGGAUUCCUCGUGCAGUGCUCCCACCGUUGAAAUAAAAUGAUUCCUGCCCAUUGCUUU